GUGCAGGAAAUAGCUCUGCGGUUCUGGGACAAAAAAGAUCUGGAGGAGGAAACCGUAGGCUUAAUCAUUGAAACACUGAAGUAUACUAAUCUGCUGGAAUUCUUCCAUUCGGAAGGUGGAAGUUGCAGGGAUCUCGAUGUCAAACUGGUUUCCUCUCUCACCAAUCCAGUCCUCUUCAAGGAGACGCAUCCGAGACAUUCAUGGAAGGCUAAACUGCGAAUCGCUGUGCAAUUAAAUAGGACGGAUUCCGUUCUGGAACGCAUACUGGCCGACAGCCACUGGACGAAACUUUCUGAAGACUUCCAUUUUGUGCAUGUAACGCAGGUACAGGAAAUGACACCUUUCGUAAAAGGCUGUCUCCUGGCGAACAAAGUCCAGUUCAUUCGUUUGCUGGCAGACAUUGGUUACCCUCUACACACCUUUGCCACAGAGAAGAUCCUGGAGGAACUAUUUACCGUGGAGGCUCACAAAAAGGUGAGUUGGUGUUUUUUUCCCAUUAGCUUAGGUCUGUAG